UGAGAUAAUGCAUCAGAAGCAGAAGAGGGGAGAGGUGUGGGAGCUCUGCACAGAGGGGAAUAGAUCUGGCUAAUAGAGGCUCAACAUUUGACUCAUUGUGGAACGAUGCAUUUGCUAAAUAAAUCAUCAAUAACAGUAAAACCGUUUAUAUAUUUAUGGGUCAGUUGCUCUAAUGUAUGCUAAUGCCAUCGAUAUACUAUGGUUACGUCCUUCAUAGGCACAGAGUCGCAGAGAGAGAGAGAGAGCACUAACAUCAUAUAGCAACUCAAAGCAUACAAGGAUGCCAUCUGGACCCACAGCACCAAGAUUCAAAACCAGAACAAGAAAUUCAACAUAAAAUAGACUCAAGACUCCAUUCUCCAUUCAACUACCAUUUCAUCACCAAGAAAAGAUUCUGCAGGCAUUACCGUUUCCUCCAUAUGGAAUAAAACUUAUAUUAAUGCUGUAUUUCUAACUUGUCUGUCCUAUGGGCCUUCCUUUAAUAUGUAUCUUCAUUUUUACUGAAGGUGCAUUUUCGGACGUUUACUUAAAAAACAAACGCUACUGAAAUAGGAUCUCAAUAUAACUAACCAUUUAAUUCCACUACAACAUACCAUGGAUUGUAGCUUGUCUAAAUGUUUACCCUGGGAACAAAAGGAAUAAAUAUUGUGGAAGAUUAAAAUAAAAAACAAAAUCAACAAAAAUUGAUUCUGGGUGUCAGAUCACCUCAAAGAUAGGCAACUUAAUGGCAACUUGCAGAAUCCUUGUGUAGUGACUUACUGACUCUUCCUGAGCAAUGGAGUGUAUGCAGGAACUACAGCAUCCGCUAAUUGAAAGAUCUCUGGGCGGGGGGAUACUGACACCUCUGCUUUCUAGAGAUAGUGGGGGAGGUGGGGGGCUUCUUUGGAAAUGUCUCCCCCACAGAGGACAGUCUGGAAAAGAACUCACUCAGCAGUUUCUGGAUCCUGGAAGUCUGCGCAGAACUGUAGAGCCAAGGUGUGGAAAGGUGGCAGAUGUGCCUUUUUGGAGGUCAGCAGAGGCUCAGGUUUGGAAAGGAACAGACUAUAUAGAAACAACUUUUGUGGACAAAAAUGGAAGCCCUGACAGCUGCAAGAAGUUGUUGUACUCACCAGAGAAGGAUAUCCAUACUGUUUCCUGUGAAGUGGGAGAAGAUGACGUAAUGGAUAUAGAGAACACAUCUAGUGACAGUGACACAGACAGCGAAAGCCACUUCUCCUUGCUUCUCCCUCAGGACUAUUUGGGACUGGCAGUGUUCUCUAUGCUUUGCUGUUUCUGGCCCCUUGGCAUUGCAGCUUUCUUCCUAUCACAAAAGACCAACAAAGCUUCAGCUCAGGGUGACUACCAUGGAGCAAGUGUAGCUUCAAGACAGACCUUCCUGCUGGCUGUGUUGUCCAUCUUCUUCGGCAUCUGCACAUACGUUGGUGCUGUUGUAGCUCUCAUCGCAUACUUAUCCAACAGAGCACCUACUUAAUUUGUCAGCCAUCCUUACAGUGAACUACGUAACAGAACAGACAGCUUGCGCCUCAAAUAACCUGGAUUCUACUAAUUUAAAAUCAACAAGAAAGCUUGUACCCCACCUGGAGGACACCCUUUAUAACAGACAAAACCAUAUCCUUUAACAAAACAAACCCCACUUUGUAACAUCUCUCUCUCUAUAUAUACGUACUUUGUUCAAACAACUUGUGGAAUUAUUUUUUUUCUAUUAAGGGCAGCUGCAGUACUGCAAAAUUACCAUUUAUGUUGUCCUAUGAGAGCAGGAAAGUUUUAAUCAUCAAGAUAAUCUCAUAUGUAAGCGAUGUGCUGCUUGCACUGACAAUUCUGAGUAAAGCCAUUAACUGAAAACAGAGCAUAGUUUAGACUAGCCUUAGAAAAAUAUGAUUUACUUCAAAUUUUUUUUUUAAAAAAAAGUAUGCAUUGCCAAAUGUAUAUGGUACACUUGGGGCUAUCUUCUUUCUUCCAGUCAUUUGAUUCCUGCUUUUGCUCCCAAAAAAGAUUUGCAAUUCUCUUAUAACAACUCUAUAACCCCCAAUGAUAUUAAUAUUUUAUUUCAAUAAUACUUAAGAGAAAGACCAGUUUGAAUGUAACUUUCUGAUGUACUGAUAAAUAAAAGUCUAAGAGUAGAAGGAAGAAUGGCUUUAUCUCUAUAUAUAUAUAUAUAUAUAUAUAUAUAUAUAUAUAUAUAUAUAUAUAUAAAAUUCAAUUUACAUGAUCGAUUUGCAUGAUCAAUUUACAUGAAUCAAGUUAUUACUAAACAUUAGGCUUAUUAAUAAUCAAGUCAUGUGCAAAUCAAAAAUAGCCAAGGUUUUUGCCAGCAAAAUGGCAUUGUUUUCAGGGAAAAAAUAAAUUAUAGGUACUGAAUAAAUAGGGUAUUGAAAUGUACUGACGAAAAUGUGUAUGUGUUUUGCCAGUGCAGCUGCUAAUUGGCAUAUUGCAUGCAAGUUGGGAGAGUGCUUUCCUGGCAUUGGGAGGGGUGUGAGAAUGCUGUAAUUUCCAGUAUGACAAAGCUUUUGGUGCAUUAAAUCACAAAUUAGUAGGUGCAAGACAGUUUUAUGUAUGUACAAUAUGGAUUUAAAGUAACACCCCUUAAGGCAAGAACCUCUGUGUUUAGUCUAUAAGUCUUCACAAUUUUGCACUUUUGUGAUGUCGUUUAUUUAGUCACUGGUGGUUGCCUAAUAAAUUGGUAGCCCCCAAUUUUUGUUACUUUCCUUGUCCUUUAACACCUGCCUGGUUUCACUAAAUUAAGAUGGUACAACUGCUCAUUGGUAAGCAAAUGGUGGGUGGUAUGUGUUUGUGUCAGAUGAAUUACAUUCACUUUUAUUUGUCGUACUCUUCAUUAUUAUUAAGCCCCAAACACUUCCCACAAGGAACUUCAUCAGAUAUUAUUUGUGGAUGCUAAGAAAAGAAACAAGUAUUUACACACUAUUUGGUUAUUGCAAUAUUAAACAUUGCAACCUAUUUUCAGAUAUUUUAUUCCUGCAUUAAUAAAACAUUAACUUACAAGAUAUACAUGGACUCUUGUUGCCUGAUGCACCCAAUUUUUCUACCAAUCUACAGAGUGGGCAGUACUUCUGGGACAUACCUAUCCAUACAAGUCACACUGGAAGAUGGACUGAAAGAAUCCAAAAAACAAUUCAACUUAAAUGUUAAUUUUAUAAAUGACUGUGCUACAAAUUAUAAAUCUGCAUUACAUCUUUAGCAAUAAUUGUCUAUCUGUAUACCUAUACAAACUAUAUAUAUAUAUAUAUAUAUAUAUAUAUAUAUAUAUAUAUAUAUAUAUAUAUAUAUAUAUAGUCCAAUGAAAUACAGCACUCAAGUGAUAUGUGAAAUAAAGAGUUUUUUUUGUUUUAA